GCAUCCGUUCAAACAGAACGUGUUUUUCCGUUCCACUGUGCUACUUUUUCAUUGUUUUUCAAUGUAAAGGCAAUAGAUGGACGUUUUUAACCGUUGUGCUCGCGUCUUUUGCAGCAUUGUGUGUAUGGCAUGGCAUUCUAAAAAUGUGGCGUUUUAAGUUAAAUGAAGUUCAACACGUGUCUCUAGACCUUGCACUUUUCCAUUCCACUGGCCUUUUUCUCAUGAUUUUAACAGCAAAAACGCGUUCUGUGUGAUCCGGUGUUCUGACGAUUUGUGCUACCUGCCUAGCGAAAAUUGCUAUCUAUCAGACUACCAGCGUAAUAUUCAUGUGGUGUGACGUGGUUUGAGGCUUUAUUAACGUCCAUACCUACCAUUAAAACAAUGCAAAUAUAAGUGUUGGUAGCACAAACUUAUAGGUAGCAUUAUUAGCCAAGACACUGGCCCCCAGAGAUCUGGAAAGUAAAUCAUUUCUGAACCGAUUGACGGCUUGGCUUUGCCCACCAUUAUGCCUCUCGUCUCAAUUUCAUUGUUUCCCUAUUCUCAAAUCCAUGCAGCUUUAUCUUGAUCAGCGUGUCAGAUGGCCCGCAACAUUUCCAUGCGCGGUACUGUAUUCUCAAAUCUGCUCUCAGCUCUAGGGGUGUCUAAUGUCUUGGAUUAUUUUCCUGCAGCCACAGAUUUGGCAGCAAAGAUGCAUGUGACUCACUUAUCAUUCCACGGCCCAUGCUGCUCUGUUUGGGGUUAUGUUGUGUACCAUUUAUGUGAGGGACUUUGUUACAAACCCACUAGAGGACAGUAAAAAACAUUGAGAAUAUCCUUUGAGCACCUUUUUUGAAGAUGAAUCGAAGAGAUCUUACUAUCCUAAGAACCUUAUGAUAUCCCUGUAUCAAAUCUUGGCAAUUUUAUAUAAAAGAACUGGCACAUAAGUUUCAUUAACAAUGCAAAUGGUCAUCCAUAAUACAUGGGUAGACUUCAUUAAGUAUUAACAGGAGUCAUUUGAGAUUUUGUUUAUUUGUUCAUUUAGGGAGUCAUUGUUAAUUGAAGAUCCUGCUCUUUUAAAAUUCUUUUAGUAAGAAACCAAGAAUAGUGAGCUCAUAACAGUAUUAAUGCAUCAUUUAAUUCAUUGAAUUAUUAAUUACAUCAUUAAUUGAACUUUUUUGCUUUUAGUAAACUAAACUUCAUUUAUUGUGUUUAUCCAAUUGAUUUUUUUGAAUUGAUAAAAUUGAUAUUUGAAUUGAUAAAAUUAAAGUCUUAAAUCUCAACUAAGUAAAGCUCAAAAAAGCACAUGCAAAAAAAGAAACAAAAUAUAAUGAGUUUAGAUUUUUUACAGUGUUUUUGCGUUUAUCGUGAACCAUGAUGAGGUCUUCAUGACAUCAUGUAGCUUACCUGCAGCUGCCACAGAGAAACCACUUUUAUAUGCUGGACAUCUGAUCUGUGUGAAUGUAGUUCUGUUACCGGAUGUUAUAGUAGUAGACCUCUUGAACAUAAUUAACUCCAAACAAUUACUGGUAUUCGGCUGCUGUGCUGUGUCAGAACAAGAAGGUUAGUUUCCUUAGAUGUGCCCAAAUUUCCUGUUGACACAAUACCUUGUCAUUUACACACAUCGAAGAACAAAGACACUAAUUUACCUUAGUUGAACUAUAGUUCAGUAUAUGAAUCUGUUGUACUGAAAUUUUAUUUGUUGUUGUUGAUGUUGUUGAAUUAACAUGAGUUUAAUGAAUUCUAAAUUUGUUUUAAAAUCAGAACUUCACAUUAUUUCUUAGACUCUUAUUAUUUUCUUAUUUUAAUUCUACAAAAAAAUAAUUUCAGGCAUUUAUCUUGAAACUUUUGUAUACUUACAGUAUUUUAUUUAGCCAACCUGUUUGUGUUUAGGUAUCAUGAGAGACACCUUGAUUAUUCUCUGAUUAUUUGAAUCUUUUAUCUGUCCUGUUUACUGGCGUUUUGUUUGCUGGCUCUCACAGCUCUCUUGGCUUUAGAUCUUGACUACCAUUUACUGUAGUCAAGGAGACAUUUGAUUCCUUUUUUAGGAGUGGAGAGCCUGUUAACAGAGACCCACCUGACAGUCAGGUGUGUCAUCAGCUCUAGAUGCCUCGCAAGACUGAAUAGCAGGACUUAAACUCAAACCGGCAAGAUGCCCCGCAGAAAAAAUGAUAUUGCGAUAACUGUGGAUGAUGUUGGGAUGGAAAUCGAUGCAGAAUAUGAUAGUGGAAGUGACGUGGAUUCAAAAAGAAGAGCAAGAGGCAGGAAUAAACCUAAGCCUGCAGCUCGAGGAAGGAAAGCCAAGCCAGCAGAUAGCGUGGAGGAGAGCGAAGAAGAGGAGGAUGAGGAGGCUCCACGGAAGAGAAAAGGCCGAAAGAAGAAGGAAGUAAGUGAAGACGAGAGUGAGGAAGAGCAGAAAGGAAGAAGGAAGAAAGCAGCGGGUGCGAAGAAGAGGGCUGCCAAGAAAGAUGACUCAGAAGAGGAGAGCGAAGAGGAGAAAGUAGAUAAAAGAAAAGGAGGGAAAAAAGGUGCAACUAAGAAGGAGAAAGAGGAGGAGAAUAGCAAAGAGAAGAAGGGGAAUGGCAAAGCAGGAGGAAAAGGAGGGAAAGAUAAACAGGAAGAUAAGGAUAAGAAAAAGAACAAAGGCAAACACAGCAGCAGUUCAUCCUCGGACAACAAUUCAGAAGAUGAGUCUUUGUCUGAGGGAGAGAUGGCCCGGCUAAAAGAGGAAGUGGAGGAGAAGAAAAAGCUGAUAGCAACACUUCGGAACAAACCCUGGCGCAUGAAGAGGAGACUCAAGUGCCUGAAAGAAGCCCAGGGGUUUGUGGAAAAGUUUGAAGGGGCUUUGGGCAAAGGAAAAGGGAGGAGACUCUAUGCAUUCAAAGUCAUGAUGACUAAGAAAUUAAUCAAAUUCAAUAGAGACUUUGAAAACUUCAAGACGGCCUGCAUUCCCUGGGAGAGUCGGAUAAAAGAAGUGGAAAGUCACUUUGGGUCAUCUGUUGCCUCCUACUUCAUUUUCCUGCGGUGGAUGUAUGGAUUAAACCUGGUUCUCUUUGGCUUUGUGUUUGGGCUUGUUGUUAUUCCAGAGGUACUGAUGGGCAUGCCUUACGGCUCCCUUCCCAGAAAAACAGUCCCAAGAGAGGAACAGGAUAGUGCCAUGGACUUCUCUGUCCUGUUUGAGUUUGGCGGCUAUUGCAAGUACUCCAUUCUGUUUUAUGGUUACUACAAUAAUCAACGAAGUAUUGGAUUCCUGCAGUUCCGGUUACCUCUGUCAUAUCUUUUGGUUGGUGUUGGGAUAUUCGGCUACAGUCUUAUGGUGGUUAUCAGAACAAUGGCAAGUAAUGCCAAUGAAGGAGGAGAUGGAGCAGAGGAAGGUGCCUUCACCUUUUGCUGGAAGCUGUUUACUAGCUGGGAUUACCUUAUAGGAAACCCAGAGACAGCUGACAACAAAUUUGCCUCCACCACCACAAGCUUCAAGGAAUCUAUAGUGGAUGAGCAGGAAAACCUAAAGGAUGAGAACAUUCACCUCCGCCGCUUUCUACGUGUCCUAGCCAACCUUCUCAUCCUGUGCUGCUUGGGUGGGAGCGGAUUCCUCAUCUACACUGUGGUCAAAAGAUCUCAAGAAUUUGCCAAAAAGGACAGGAAUGAAUUGACAUGGCUUCAAAAAAACGAGGUUGAAAUUGUGAUGUCACUGUUGGGCUUGGUGUGUCCACCUCUGUUUGAGGUUAUAGCGGAGCUGGAAGACUAUCACCCUCGAAUCGCCCUAAAAUGGCAGCUGGCCAGAAUCUUCGCCCUCUUUCUGGGCAACCUGUACACUUUCCUGUUUGCGCUGUUUGAUGAAGUCAAUGCAAAGCUUGAAAACGAGAAACAGAUAAAAAAUGAAACCGUCUGGGCUCUUAAAGAGUACUAUGCCAACUACACCUUACAUCACAACGUCACAGAAAACAUUCCCCCUCCAAACAUCUCCCCAGCUGAUGUCAUCAGGGGGCCAUGCUGGGAGACAGAAGUUGGCAUUGAGUUUGUGAAGCUCACCAUGUCCGACAUCCAGGUGACAUAUCUGACCAUUCUGAUUGGGGACUUCCUACGAGCCGUGAUUGUGAGAUUCCUCAACUAUUGCUGGUGUUGGGAUCUCGAAGCUGGCUUUCCAUCUUAUGCAGAGUUUGACAUCAGUGGUAAUGUACUUGGGCUCAUAUUCAACCAGGGAAUGAUCUGGAUGGGUGCAUUUUACGCCCCUGGGCUGGUGGGAAUAAACGUGUUGCGUCUGCUGAGCUCCAUGUAUUACCAGUGCUGGGCAGUGAUGGCCUGUAAUGUUCCCCAUGAGAGAGUGUUUAAAGCCUCGCGUUCUAAUAACUUCUACAUGGGACUGCUUCUCCUCGUCCUCUUCCUCAGUCUCAUGCCUGUGAUCUACUCCAUUAUGACCCUGCCACCGUCUUUUGACUGUGGACCCUUCAGUGGUAAAGAUAAGAUGUAUGAUGUGAUCAUGGAGACUAUAGAGAAGGACUUGCCACCAUUUAUGGCCGACAUCUUCAGUUAUGCAUCCAACCCAGGCCUCAUAAUGUCUGCAGUCUUGCUCAUGGUGUUGGCUAUUUAUUACCUGAAUGCUGUGUCCAAAGCAUAUCAGAACGCUAACAUGGACUUAAAACGCAAAAUGCAAAUGCAAAGAGAUGAGGAGAAGAACAGGAGGAACAACAAGGACAGCACCAACCAGGUGAUGAAAGACCUGGAGGAUCUUCUGCCCAACAAGUCCCUGAUUCCCCCUCCAUCUGCUGAAGAGGCUGAGAAACCAACUGACCAUCUCAGCAAGUCCCCAAAAGUGACAGGCAAACCAGGCGCUGCAGCCUCUGGGAAAGGGGUACACGUCCAGAGGGAUGUGUCUUUGGCUGCGGCAAAUCCUCGGGCACCAGUAACUCGCCCUCCAGGUCCCAGGCCACCCGGGCCUCUCCCAGGUAAUGCCCGUGGACCUCCACCAGGUCAAGGGAGGGGAAGAGGGAGAGGUGGACCACCACCACGAAGAUAGUGCUUGAAGAAUGUAUAUAGACACACACUUUACAGUCAUACUAAAUAUGGGUCCAAAUAAAAUUGUAAUACUAUUACAGUGAGGAGGUUCUGUAGUUGUAAAUAUUUUUUUUUUGUGUAAAAUGAAUUUGUAUGCUAUUUAAAUAAGUGCAAUAAAAGGUUUAUUGAUA